CUACCCAAACACGUCGACAUGGAGAAGAUAAACAGAAAAGUGGCACAGUCGCUGCUGACGCUGUGUUACAUCUGAGGUGGGCGUUUAAAUAUUUGUGGAACACGGCGUUGGCUUUCAUCUUCAUUAAACCGGCUUGUAUUUUAUUGACGCUCCAUUGUUAAGGCCACAGCUAAUGGUCCUGAAAACAUGGAGAGUGACCUGAAACCCCAGGAUCAAAAGGACUUAGACAAGUUUAUUAAGUUCUUUGCAUUGAAGACUGUCCAGGUGAUAGUCCAAGCCAGGCUCGGAGAGAAGAUCUGCACUCGCUCGUCCUCUUCGCCUACUGGAUCUGACUGGUUUAAUUUGGCCAUCAAAGACAUCCCAGAGGUUACUCAUGAAGCCAAAAAGGCACUGGCUGGCCAACUUCCAGGCAUUGGACGCUCCAUGUGUGUUGAGAUCUCCCUCAAGACAUCAGAGGGUGACUCAAUGGAGUUAGAGACUUGGUGCCUGGAGAUGAAUGAAAAGUGCGAUAAGGAAAUCAAGGUGUCAUAUGCAGUCUAUAAUCGUCUGUCUGUCCUCCUGAAGUCUCUGCUGGCCAUCACCAGAGUCACACCUGCUUAUAAACUGUCCAGGAAGCAGGGACAUGACUAUGUCAUACUAUACAGGAUCUACUUUGGGGAGGUCCAGCUGAGUGGAUUAGGGGAAGGUUUCCAAACGGUGCGUGUUGGAGUCGUCGGCACCCCUAUCGGCACAAUCACACUUUCGUGUGCCUACCGCACAAAUCUGGCAUUCAUGUCUAACAGGCACUUUGAAAGGUCGGCUCCUAUCAUGGGGAUCAUCGUGGAUCACUUUGUGGAUCCUCCCUGCAGCAGCCAGCGUCCAGCAAACAUGGGACAUCCCUGCAACUACAGAGCUCCAGAUGAAGAGGACGGAGGACAGUUCGCAGGCGUUCAGGACUCACAGGAGGUCUGCACCACCUCCUUCUCCACCUCCCCUCCCUCUCAGUGUGUGUGUACACUGAGCCCGUCUCCUUCUAAACUGCCCAAGCCCCUCCCACUGGACAGUCUGCAGCUCCCACUGGCUCCUGGACUUGUCACUCACACACUGUAUGCUUCCAGAUUAUCCUACCAGCCGCCAGCUCUGGCAGGAGCUACAGAGCUUUGCCACGCUGCUGCCAAUCCAAACCAGGUAUUGCAUCCUGGGAAGGAAGGCGGGACUCUGUUGAUCCCCACUCAGCCUCCUCAUGGAGCAGAUGGUCAUCUGACAGUAGAGCAUGCCCCCAACACACCGAGCAGCAGUGGCGAUGAUGACGGCUUGUUGCAGAGCGGAGAAGGGCGCAAAGAAGAAGGGAGGAGGAGCGUGUCCCCCUCUGACCCUGUGGAGUCGCUCAAUGCAUUCACAAGGAAGGUCGGAGCCUUUGUUAAUAAGCCCAGCGCACAGAUAACAGCCGCCAGUCUGGACCUGCCAUUUGCUGCAUUUGCUCCUCGAGGCCUGGACUCAGAGGAGAAUGAUCCCAUGGUUCAUCCUCCAGACUCUCCUCCCUGCCCGUCCCCCCUGCAGGGCAGCCUUCAUUCUCAGGGCUCAGAGGAAUCAGGGCAGCAGGACGACUUCGUCAUGGUCGACUUUCGUCCCGCUUUCUCUAAAGACGACUUGUUGCCGAUGGAUCUGGGCACCUUCUACAGGGAGUUUCAGAACCCUCCACAGCUGGCCAGCCUCUCAAUUCACAUCAGCUCCCAGUCCAUGGCUGACGACCUGGACUCGCUGCCGGAGAAAUUGCGGGUCUACGAGAAAAACAUCGACGAGUUCGACGCCUUUGUGGACAUGCUUCAGUAGAUGAGGAGUGAGGACGAAGGCUGACAGUAGAGCAGGACUACCUGUGAGACAUGGACAGUGAAAACUUAAUGAAAGGGAGAAGCAGACUGGAGGCUCCUCUAGUUGUUUGUCCAGUGAAAAUUACUCAGACUAAAUCACCGUGUUUCAAUGUGAAAUUCUCCUUCCUGUUGAGUAUGCUUACCAGCUUGUACGUCUUCACUGUAAAUAUUGUAUUAUCUCCUGCAACACUGACACACAUCCCCCCUGUGGUCCGGUAGGGUCGAUCCAACUAAGGUCUUCAUUUUCUCUGUGGCAUAAAUCUGCUCUCCUCCUUAGUGUGUAAUCAGAGUAGAUGAUCAUGGGUCUUUCUGUCACUUCAGACAGCCAUGCAAAUCCAAGGACUACCUGCAUUCAUGCAAACUGUAGCUCACCAUAAUCAACCCCCCAUCGCUGAACACUACUCGCCUCUGAAGUGUUUCUCCACACCAUGGCCUUUCUGAUAUCUGAGCUAAAGCCGAUGGAUCUACAAGUCAAACCAGUAUGUUUUGCGUCAUAGGUUUCUCUUUAAAGCUCGUCUGGACACAAAGUUUCUCCGUAGCCUGACACAGGAUUCCUGUGUUCAGCUUUACAGUGCAGUAGGGCUCACUCAUUGUCCCUCAGCAGGUUUUCCCAGCUGGUCUGGGGAUUUAAACUGACAACUUCAGUGUUUGCAAAUGUCCCCAGUGGAAUGUAAAGUGAAUUAAGCGCUGUACAGAAAAACCUUUCCAUGCUUCCGCAGUUUGCUUUGGAACAACACUCAGUUGCCGGUUAACGACGUGCACCUAGCUAAAACUAAUAACAUCCCCUGGAAUAAAACAUGCCAGUUUUUCUAGAAACUUAAUGCUCCUUUUGGAGGCUGAUAAUUGUGAAUUACAGCGAACGACAAUAAAAGUUACCACCACCUCAAAUUGCAGCCUUGAAAAUGACCAUGAGGUGUAAUCAGUCCCAGUUUAAUCAAGAACUCUACAUAACCUGCAUUGACACUGGAUUUAUUGCAGGACGUUAGUUUGAGCUUUCCAGUAGACUGGUGUUUACCACGUGCUGUUCAACAUGCUCAUGUAUAUUUGAUUUUAGUUUUUAAAGAGGGAAAUACUUCCAGCUGUCUACAGAGGGUAACAUUCAGGACUGUUCAGUUUGGUUGAAAGCUUUAAACUUUUCUUUUGGCAUAGAUGUCCCAAUAAAGCAUGGCUGCUCUAUUCAACUUGUAAAA